CCGAAGGGAAAGUUCGUUAAACAACGAGAACCCUCCACCACCUCACUCGCUUCCCCCUUAUGUUCCGCACCUCCUGUUUGUAAAACAGCCACCCUCCUUACCCAUCUCCUUGCGCCUUGAACCCCACGCUUCUCCAAGAACUUUCUUCCUCAACUCCCCAACUUCCCUUCGAAAUCGAAUCCAGAUUUCCCCCCCUUGCCAAACAGACUCGUUCCUCCAGCAGUCCUGCAAUUCGAACGAAACGAACCGCGCCUUCACUCGAUUCCUCUUGUAGCCAGAGCUUCAUCAUCUCCCGUUCAGAUGGCUCCGACGGCUUUGAUCUGCGACACUCAGCCAUGGAAGGAUUUGAAGGCUCAUGUUGAGGAGAUUAAGAAGACUCACCUGCGGGAGUUGCUGACUGAUACUGAGCGCUGCAAGCAAAUGCUGCUUGAGUUCGACGGUAUAACACUGGACUACUCACGCCAGCAAGCUACUCUUGGUACAUUGAAUAAACUGCAAAAGCUGGCGGAGGCUGCACAUCUGAAAGAUAAGAUUGAACGCAUGUUUAAAGGCGAGCAUAUUAACAGCACAGAGAAUAGGUCAGUGCUCCACGUGGCUCUUCGAGCUCCAAGAGAUGCUGUGGUUAAGAGUGAUGGCAAGAAUGUUGUGCCAGAUGUUUGGAAGGUUUUGGACCAGAUUAAGGAUUUCUCUGACAAAGUCAGGAAUGGUUCAUGGGUUGGAGCCACGGGAAAACCGUUAACCAACGUUAUUUCUGUUGGCAUUGGUGGCAGCUUUUUAGGUCCUCUUUUCGUGCACACUGCCCUUCAAACAGAUCCGGAGGCUAGCAAGCAAGCAAAGGGACGCCAACUGCGAUUUCUCGCCAAUGUGGAUCCAAUUGAUGUUGCUAGAAAUAUUACAGGCUUGAACCCUGAAACAACGUUGGUUGUUGUGGUUUCAAAAACUUUCACCACAGCUGAAACCAUGUUAAAUGCCCGCACGCUAAGAACUUGGAUUUCAAAAGAGCUUGGACCUUCUGCAGUCGCAAAACAUAUGGUGGCUGUUAGCACAAACCUCAUGCUUGUAGAAAAGUUUGGAAUUGAUCCAAAGAAUGCUUUUGCGUUUUGGGACUGGGUUGGCGGCAGGUAUAGUGUUUGCAGUGCAGUUGGUGUGAUGCCUUUGUCUCUCCAGUAUGGUUUCUCCGUGGUUGAGAAGUUCCUGAAUGGAGCAUGGAGCGUAGAUAAUCACUUCUCGUCUGCGCCAUUCGAGAAAAAUCUGCCUGUUCUCUUAGGUUUAUUGAGCGUGUGGAAUGUUUCGUUUCUUGGAUAUCCUGCAAGAGCCAUCCUGCCAUACUCCCAAGCCCUGGAAAAGUUUGCACCACAUAUCCAACAGGUUAGCAUGGAAAGUAAUGGCAAGGGAGUAUCCAUUGAUGGGGUGCCACUUCCGCUUGAGACAGGUGAAAUUGAUUUUGGUGAGCCGGGAACCAACGGUCAGCAUAGCUUUUAUCAACUAAUUCACCAGGGGCGUGUCAUUCCUUGUGAUUUUAUUGGUGUUAUAAAGAGCCAGCAGCCAGUAUACUUGGAAGGGGAGAUUGUCAACAACCAUGAUGAACUCAUGUCUAACUUUUUUGCUCAGCCCGAUGCUCUUGCAUAUGGAAAGACACAUGAACAACUGCUGAAGGAGAAUGUCCCAGAUCAUCUGAUUCCUCACAAGACAUUUACUGGCAACAGACCUUCGAUCAGCCUUCUGCUUUCCUCAUUGGACGCAUAUAAAAUUGGACAGUUGUUGGCAAUCUAUGAACACAGAGUAGCUGUACAGGGCUUCAUAUGGGGCAUCAAUUCGUUCGACCAGUGGGGCGUCGAGUUAGGGAAGUCACUUGCCACUCAAGUUAGAAAGCAACUUCAUGCUUCACGGACAAAGAAAGCGCCAGUCCAGGGCUUCAACUCCAGCACCACUACAUUGCUAAACAAGUACCUACAGGAGAGCUUAGAUGUCCCAGCCACUCCUUCAACCCUUCUACCCAAGGUUUAAACAAGCAGGAACCUUUUGCACGCUGGCUGACCAUCCCUUCUUCUUUCAUCAGGCCUUGCUUUUGUACCGUAGAUAUAACGAAUCGAAUCUCGCUUACCCUACAUUCAGCAGUACUACAGGUUGCUGUAUCUCAAAUUAAUAUUUUUCAAGUCUCGUUAAGUCAUGUCCCCGAUAAGUGCAAGCUUGUUGCCCAGGAAUCCAUGAUGCUUUCCACAAUUGGCAGCUGGUAAUGCUGGCAUGCUGCAGUGGGUAUAAUCCGCUGAACCUAGAGAGAGAGAGAGAGGAUGACAAAAAGAAUUGAUGGAAUAUAGAUUACUACUUGAUAGUUGAUAACUUGAUACCCAAGGCAUAAAGCUUCUAGACUCUGAUUACUAGUUUACUACUGCUACUGCACUACUUUCUAUUAUCCGAUUUAGCAACAUCGUCCGCUAAUAUCACUAAACUACCCCUACAACGGAGGCCGAAGCAAAUGGGGGGAAAAAACAAGUCGGCGACGAGGGUUAGCGAACGGUAAAAAUGAAAUGGAUUUCAGACGCCGGUGGAGCCGAACCCUCCUUCGCCUCUAACGGUGGCCUCCAAAUCUUCAACUUCCACAACCUCGGGAGUAACUAUCUUCUCGAUAAUCAGCUGAGCAAUCCUAUCGCCUUGUUUGACCUCGAAGUCGACGUCGGAGUGAUUGAACAGGAUCACCGCGACGGCGCCUCUGUAAUCGGCGUCUAUCACUCCCGCUCCCACGUCGAUCGAGUGCUUCCACGCGAGUCCGGACCUCGGAGCUGUAGCGCCGGCGUAUGUCCCUUCAGGCACCGCGAUGCUCAGGUCCGUCGGAACUAGGGCUUUUCCUCUCGCCGGGACUUUCGCCUCCGCAGCACUGGAAUUUUCGUCGGACUGGAGAGAUCGUAGCCGGCGGAGAGAGGAGAGGCUCUAGUGGGCAAGACGGCCUUCGGGGAAAGCUUCUUCACCUUGAAGAAAGGCACAUCGGCGGGGACGAGGGCGGAGUGGACGCCGUUUUGCUGGUCGAGCUUCGGGAUCUUCGCCGCCGGCUCCUGGAUUUCGGCGCUGCCGUUCUUGAUCUCCGCUGCUUGGGCCAUUUUGAGGAGUGGGGUGAUGGUUUGGGGCGAAAUGGGAAGACGUGAUUGGGAGACGAUAGUUCAUAGUAGCCACUAGUGGCGGUCGAUUAAAUAGGCAGAAACUCGCCAGUUAUGGCGCGAAUCCUGAAUUAAUGGCGCCAAUGGUUCCCGCCAUGGAGAAGAGGCAUUUAUUCUAUUUAGCGUUCCUUCCCCCUCCCCUUCACAGCUUCUUACGUGUUGUUGAACUGAAUUCAUUGUUCAUAUUUAC